CUUGGACUGCCUGCUGCACUGCCGACAUGUCUGAGGAUGCAGCCGUGGAGUCUGCGUCGGGCUUGCCCUCAGACACAUUACCAGAGCUGAGCUCAUUGCUAAGCACAUGCGGAAUGCAGAUCCAAGAUAUCCUCGAGGACACACUGUCGAACAUCGUCCUCCAGACGGCGCUAUCAUGCCACCGCUCUGAGAAGCUUCUUCGUAUGCAGUCCGCUGCAACGCAAGCCGAGUCUAUCGCCCUCGCAACCCUCGAGCCAGCCUCGCAGAAAGCCGGUGCGACCAGCCAGCCCGCAAUUCCAGUCGCCGAAACGUCCGCUGCGAAGUACGAGAACGGCCGUGUCCUUCUCAAAGGCAAUCCCCUCAAGACGACACCGGAGAUUACAUGUCCGCACUGCAAGCUGCCACGUUUGAUGCACCCAAUCAUGGGCAAGGGUAUGCAGAACCCAGAUCUUACGAAGGAGUACUGCAUGUUGUAUCCUUGGGUUCAGCGAUCAGGCCACGAUGUCUACGGCAACCCGUUCCCCACCGACAUGGCUAAGUCCAAGAAAGAGCGGGAGCUCAUCAAACAGCAGCAAAAGAACGCCGACAAGGAGAGUGUCGGCACACCAGGCUCACAAGAUACGGAGAUGGCCGGCGACACCAAAGAGAUCAAGCUCAACACUGGCGGCAAGCCCGCCUCAUACAUCCCGUGGCACACCUGCCCGAACUGCAAGCGUUCGUUGCUCAUUACGCGCUUCGCACAACACUUGGAGAAAUGCCUCGGCAUUUCAGGGCGUCAAUCAAGUCGGAAUGCCAUGGCCAAACUGGCAGGUCAGAACGGCACAGGUUCAGGUCUCGGCAAUACACCGCUCGGCAGCCGCAUGGGCACGCCCAACCCAGGCUCACAAGGCGACUCUUUAGGUCUCAAAGCUAAGGGCAAGGGCAUCAGUCCUGUGAAGAGACUUGUGCAGGGCGAUGACGACGCAGACGAGCUGGGAGACGACACACCCGAGCGCAAGAAGAAAAAGAAGAGUUCGUACAUAAAGAAAGCGGACCGCGAAAAGGGUGGGAGUUCUGGGAGUUUAAAGGUCAAAAUCAAGACAGGUAGACCUGAGACUGAACGCAAAGCUAGCGAAACAAGCGAACGAAGUGAGGGCAAACGGGAGAGGGAAGGCGACGAGGGUGAAGAGCCGCGGAAGAAGAAGAUCAAGCUCAGUUUGGGAGGAAAAGAGAGGGCGAGUGCCAGUGUGGAACCUGGGGACUGA